AUGAAGAUACAUAAAUGCUUUAUGUGUAACUAUUUACUGAAAAUAGUUAAGAGGAAAAGGAAAAAAAAGAGGUGCGCCAGAAUUCGCAACACACUUGUGCACAGGGAGAGAGGAGAGGAGACAGAUGCUCUGCAGGGAACCCAUUCGAAUAGCACAGAUAGCAACAGGAGUAGUUUUCUCGAAACUGAUCCAGAGGAGCAGGUGUUACCUGCUUUGGGAAAAGUGCAAUCAAAGGAAGAUAUUGGGGUGAGUGAUGAUACCACGGCGGUGGAGUGUAAUGCGGAUGAGUCUUUCCACAUUAGCUGCCUUCCUAUUUGCAACUUCAAUUCAGAUCACAAUGAAUAUCUAAAUGAGACAUUCGACAAUGAUGCCUUGGAGGAAGUAGCUGAUGUGCAUAGCUGCAUAGGAAGCAACCCCCACAAGGUGAACCAUCACAUCGCAGAGGAUAAUCAACACAGCAAGGGAGGAGCUCGAUACUCGUGUAUUCUUGUACGUGUGUGUGAACAGAAUGGAAAAUCUGCCCCGUGCCUUAGGACCUUGAUCAAGCGGAAAGGCAUAAAUGCAAACUACUCACUGGAUAGGCAUUACCUCACAUUUGUGGCUCAGUACCGAAUUGGGCAGAUAAAAAAAGAUAUCAUGAGGGUUAUCUGUUUUGUGCGUUUUUUCCUAUCACGAAGGAAGAAUCAGAGGGCCAUCAAUUUGAUGCAGGAGAUUAAGAAAUGGGAAAGUGGACCACGUAACAUCGCACCCAUGUGGAGCGACCUGCACCAUCUGUAUAAGCGGCAAAUGAGGAAAAUAAACCGAAGGAAGUGUUUCUAUAGUAAUCAUAUUUUGGAAACCCGUAAAAGGAGAUCACGGGCACUGUUCAAUAAACUGGUUAAGCAUAGUGUGCGAGUUGUGCACAUGCUAGAAAUGGAAAAAAUUAGACGCAAAAGAUUUAUUGAUCAGACCAAUAUAGGACCUUUCCAUCAGGCAGACAUCACCAAAAUUAUGAAAAACAAAAUUGUGAAAAAUAAACACUUAAAUAGUAUAAUUGAAUUAUGUCAAAGGUACGUUAAUCUUGUGGAUAGCUCCCUUUUUUGCAUUAUGAGCAGGAUGGGAAAGUCUGUUGUGAGAAUUGGUACACAGGAGAUGAAGUGUCAUCGCAAGAAUAUUAUAACCACUGAUCCACUAUUACGUAGAAGGGUCAACCUAAUGAAUUACCAAACCAAUGACGGUGUUGAGAAGCGUAAAAGGGGGAGAGAGUUCUUUAAAGGGCCUCACAAAGGACUGUCUACUGAUAAAGCAAGUCUGUCCGUUUUUAAUGAAAAUGUUUUGGGGACUCAUUUUUGUGACGAAUCCAGGGUAGACCCUUCUUCCAUUGGUAUGAUAAAGGGUUGGGAACAGGAAAACACAAAACUGAACUUGACAAUUUCGGAUGAUAUACGGAUAGAUACAAACGGACGCGAAGGGAACCAACAGAAAAGCUCCAUGAGCACGCACGGUGGAACAGAAUUAACCAAACAGGACAAAAUAUAUAUCACCGUUCAGCUGGGGUAUGCUCUAGGAAGCAGAACAAUGCGCAAAGGAAAGCGAACCGGUAAGUGCUCUCGUGUGUUUCUUACAUGUAGAGGUAAAACACGCGUUAAGAAAAUGCACAGCACGAAGUGUGGCCCUAUUGGGGGAAAGAAAAAAAUAAGUGUCAAGGAUGUACACGAUAGAAAUAAUAAUUACAAAAUGUGCAAUGUAGAGAAAAAUAGAAAUCCUCCAGGAGGGGGAACUAAAAUGUGGCAAUUGUAUUUGCAGGAGAAUGUUAAGUGUGAACAAACUGAACAGGCUGGUGAAAUGGAAGGGGAGACAACCCUACCUGAAUAUGAUAGCUACGAGGAGUGGGUUAAUGCUGAUAAGCCCUUUGACACAAACCCUGGUAACCUAGUGGGUGGGCAGGAAACAAGAAAAGAAGGUAAUCACAAAAUAUAUGACUAUGGAACGAAGGAUCCUUGUUUGAUGAUCAACACAAGUGGAACACACAACGCAAGAUACGAUUCGUCCAAGGAAAGCGACAAAAGGAGAGACGAUUCGGAUAAAAAAUGGGUAUAUCAGAGUGGAGAAAAAAGUGACAUAAAUCAAAACGACCUGAACUGUGUCUUGCACAGCGAAAACAAAUUUGUGCAGUGUCUACAAAGGUGCGAGUACAUCAAGGAAAACUUCAAAAUGGUGAAGCUGAUAAAAGAUAACUCCUCGAAUUUUGUGUACAAAUGCUUCGAUACAAACAACAAGAGAUACGUGGCCAUCAAAAGUGUGAAUAAAGAAAAACAACUCUCCAUUAUGAGCUAUAGUACAUAUUUAAGUAUUUACAAAAUUGUGCAGAAGAUUAAUAAUGAUAAUGUAGUAAAGAUCUAUGAUGUGCUGGAGAGUCCUUCUCACUUCUUCAUCGUCAUGGAGUUAUGUGAAGGGACAGACCUGGUCGAAUAUGUAUCCAAAGAAGAAAUUCCUUUCGAGAAGGCGAAAGAUAUUAUUUGCCAACUACUGAAUGGAAUUAACGCUCUGCAUGCAAAUUCGAUUAUUCAUAGAGAUAUUAAGCUUGACAACCUCAUGUUCAAGGACAAAGGUUUCGAGAAGCUGGUCAUAAUUGAUUUUGACAUGAGUGUUUACAUGUAUGGGCAGGUUGAUGUGCCUGUCUGGGGGGACAGCUGCUUAUAUGGCAGCUACACGAAGGAAGGUUUCGACGAGAAUGAUUUUGGUACCUGCGGGAACAGGGUCGAGGCCACUAAAGUGGAUGUCACCAAAGGGGACUGCGACAAAACAUAUUCCACCAAUCGCAGCUUGACCAAACCUAGCUUCGCCCCAAACAGCGUACACGCCAAUUCCGUGGAAGUGAACGAGGCCCUUCCAAAAAGCUCAUGCAACUGCGAAUAUAUCGCGAGCGAGGACGUCGCAAAGAGGGAGGACAAUGUGCUGCGCAGGAGCCAAUUCCUGACGAACAACUUCUACUCGAAUAACACAUACAUCAACAAAAUCAUGGGAAAUAAUGAGGACCGAAAAAAUUGUGUCAUGUACCCUCCCUACUCUGAUAGUUAUAUAAAGAUUCACAAGACCAACAAAAAAACGACCUCCUUUAAUUACAAUUAUAUAAAUCAGAUAGAGAAUAGAUUCUUAUCUGCAUGCACAGGCAACACGGAAAAGACGUUCAUUAACGAAGGAGACAAAGUGAUUUACAAUGAUCUGAUUAUUGGGACGAAGGAAUACAUGUCUCCGUACUGCUUGAAGGGAAUAUAUAGUAUAAAGACAGACAUAUAUAGCAUUGGAGUUACUAUUUUUUUAAUUCUUUUUAAGAAUUUCCCCUACUUGUUUGAAGAAAAAGGUAUCAACAAAUGGCACAAUGAAGUGAUUAAUAAAAAUAAGGACAUUGUGAUUCCUUUUUCCUUUCUGUUCCAUAACAUAACGUGCACUUAUUUUGUAAAAUUAAUGGACGUACACCUAAUGCACAAUAAUAUUUAUUUUUGCAAAAAUAGUUGCCUGUUGGACAACAAUUUGAAGGAAAUUGAGAAAUUACGGAACAUCAAAAUAGACUUUAAUCAGAUCAAAAUCAAUGCCAAAAAUAUUUACCUGAUUGAGAUUUUGAAGCGGUCUUUAUCGCUCGACCUCGACGAUCAGUAUAGUAGCGUUUCCGAAAUUUUGGAAAACAAAAUUUUCGCCUGA